UAGUCCGGGUUUAGUCCGUCAGCUCCAGUCAGAUCCCCCGGGAGGAGGACGCGCUGCUGCUGCUGGCCGUGGCCGGGUUCGAUGCGCUGGAGCCGGGCUGAGGCGGUUGCUCACACCGCGGGGGGAACAUGUGCGCGGGGCUCGUGUGGUGACAGAGACACGCGCACACUUACAUACAGGGGCGCGCGCACACACAACACACGCACACACACACACCGUUCCGCCCGGAGAGGCGAGCUGAGCCACCGGACGAGCUCUGUGUCGGAUAGGGUACAUGUGAAUCAGUACAUGCACUUGACGGUGCAACAGUCUGAGUAAAAGGAGGGGCUUCUGAGACUGUUCCCAACUUCUGUGUUUCUCAAGAUCCAAAGGAUUUUAAUGCUGCCAAACGUCAUGCCAUGUCCACGGCGUCCCUGAUCCAUUCUCUCCCAUCAGGAUAAGAGAACCAUGAGCACUGUGGAGGAAGAGCCGGACCACAUGAUACCAUGAAGAGAAGCCUGCAGGUCCUGCCUCGCCAGCUGCUGAGUGUUCUUCUGAUUCUGUCAGUGCCAGAGAGGCUGGUCUCCUUUGCAGAGGACCUCUACCCCAGCUGGACCCCCAGGAGCUAUGUCUCCAUGUUAACAACGAGCAGGGCCCUCCAUAUGGUUCCAACGAACCUUCCUGGCUGGACCCAGACACCCCCACCCAGUCUGGAUCACACCAUUCUAGCCAAAACUACCACUGGGUCGAGACCUGAUGUAGUCGCAAAAGACCAACCCUUUGGAACUACAAUUCAGAAACAUGGGCCUCACUCGACUGGACCCCAGUCUAACAAAACAAGCCCUAGUUCUGUCAUUGCACCAUCCCGCACCCAGAACUCUGAAAAAGUGCCCAGUAACCCUUUGCCCAAAAUGGAGCAACCAGGGGUAGUUAAAAGAAAGCUGACAGGAUCUUCUAGUUCAGGCACUGCUGACACUGCUCUCUCAGGGACUGGCCAUAAUGUGACCUCAGUGGCUGGGGGGCCCCAGAGCACAGAGCCCACCCAGCAAGGGUCACCAACUGAAAGAGGGGACGCAUUGGAUCAGGGAGAGGUGGGUAACCAAGGGUUCAAAGACCCUAAGGACAUGAGUGUCGAAGAUCCAACCAACCCUAGUUGGCCUUAUGCUUCAUCUGCAUCAUUGUUAGCGCCGUUGUAUGUAAAGGCGAAAAACCUCAGGGAGCAUGCUCAUGCUAUCACGCUGCGCAAUGCGCCCCCCAGUGAUGAGGAGCCCACCCUCUCUAGCACUACAGUGGAUGACGCGACUGUGACCCAGCAUGGAUCCUCACCUCCCACUCGGGCCCCCAUUUCUGCCCCAGCCACGAGCAACAUCCCCAACCCAAAAACUAAGAACAACGUUGCCGUCGCCAACUCUCUAGAUAGCAAUGCAACAACGACCACAGUUAGGGGCGAUAAUACGCCCAAUGAUACGUCCACAGAUACUGACCAUUCCCAGUAUCAAAAGGCAAGAAACACUAAUGAAAGCGUAAGUGCUUCGAGGGAGGCCCAGCCACCCCAAAAUGACUCGAAUGCAUCAGAGCCGCCCUCCACGGCUAAUGGGAGCUUUCUGAACAGGUUGGUUCCGGCAACCACACGAGGGCCCUGGGGAGCAGGGAACCAGUCAGGCCCUGCUCCAGACUCUCUCCAUGCCACCACCAUCUGCCUGGGCAAGAUGGAUAUCAUAUGGGUGGUGUUGGCCAUCAGUGUGCCUGUGUCCUCUUGCUCUGUGCUGCUGACAGUGUGCUGUAUGAGGAAGAAGAAGAAGUCAUCCAGCCAAGAGAACAACCUGAGCUACUGGAACAAUGCCAUCACCAUGGACUACUUCAGUCGCCAUGCUGUGGAGCUCCCGCGCGAGAUACAGCCACUGGAAACUGCUGAUGACCAGGAGACAUGUCUGCCCCCAAACGGCGAUUACAGCGACAGUGGCGUUGUGCUGGUUAACCCUUUCUGCCAAGAGACUCUGUUCAUCAACAGAGACAAGGCGUCUGACAUCUGAGCCCCAUCAAAGAGAGACUCCACAAGUCUCCACAGCUCUCCUGUCUCUACCCUUCUUCUCAAAGGUGUUUUUUAUAACCUGGUGGACCUUCAGAGACUGAGCUUUAUAUAUGAUAUAUAAAUAUAUAUAUAUAUAGAAACUGGUUUUAAAGAGAUGAAUGAAGAAGACAAAAGCACUCUACUGUGAGGGUGAGCCCUUCACCUAUUUUUCUGAUGUACAUUUUCUACAGAUGCUUAAUUGUGAUAAGGGUUUUUAUGUCUUUUUGAAUCAAAAUGGUAUGUGUGUGGUUUCUGUGGCGUUCAAUUGGCUUGGCGGAGAGUGGAACGUAGAGAAAUGCGAUGCGUGGUCUUACCCAAAACACUUAAACUGAUUACUUAAAGGAAUAGUUAGGCAAAGGAUCAAUUCUUAAUGUUUACUUCACCUCAGAUGUAGUCAGACUGCGAUGACUGAAGUUCGCCUUUGUUGUGUUGAACUGGGACCACAAGGCUAAUUUAGCUAACAAGUAAUGAAAGCUUGCAAAGUUCUUAACUGCAAAUUUUGGAAACAUAUUUAAGACCUUGCAAUGAAAAGGAUUCUUUAGUCUUGCAGGCCAAUGCUUACAGUGUGUCCAAAUGGGACAGGUUUGUGUAAAUUUUAUGGGAAGGAGUAUAUUUCUAAUACAUUGAGUAUACGUUCUAUAGGGAGCUUUUUCCACUUUUAGAGAAUGAAAUGUCAACCAAUCAACCAAUGUUUAGCAACAAGUGUGACAAAGGCUACCAAAUCCGAGCAGUCAGUUGAGUAGAUUCAGCUCUGGAUGGAGAUCAUGAUUUAGCCCAGGUCAUUUGAUAUUGUAUUAUAUAUUGAAUAUAUUGAAGUCCACUGUGGAUGUAAUGCAAUGUCAUGAAUUGUUCUGUAUGACCUGCUCUUAUACCCGUAUACAUGGUGUGGAUGUUUACACUUUAUAAUCCCAUGUCCAGAACACACAAAGAAAGAGACAUGACUUUCCAGUAUUUAAAACUCUAGAGGUAAAUCUGCAGCCUCUGUAUUGUUUAGAAUUAUGUUUAGUAAGUAUGAAUUUAAAAUAAUUUGGAAUAAAAAUAUAAAUAGGGGAUAAAGAGAGCAUGAGUAUAUCUACAUUAGCCUCUUGGCUCCAGUGCAAAAAAAAUAGAAUAUAAAAAAACGCAAACACAACCCUGUCUGAUGGUCUACAUUUAGGGUAAAAUUAAAUGCCCAAGAAAAAUGUCCUAUAAAAUGUCUAAAUUUGAUUUUGCGUCAAACUGUUUCUUUAAAAUCUUAAAGCCUGCUGAACUUGAAUUCUGUCUGAGGAGAUGUGAAGGUAGAUGGCACUGUGUCGUGGACGGGUUCAGAGGGGUUACCAAAGUAGCUCUGGUCUUACUGUUGGAAGAGGCUUCCAGCUGUAGACUAGUAGUUGUUUAGUGUGGAGGUCUUGUGAAAUGGAGAAAUGUGGAGAUGGCUUCUCCCUUAUUAGUCACCAGCGCAGGGACUAAAUAAAAAUGUUUAAAUAGUCCUGUAGUUAAGCUGUUGCACACAGCACUCUGUGUUUCUGUGUCUGAACGCAUGUCUCAUUUCUGGUUUCUCAUGUGUGUGUUUGUGUGUCUGUGUGUAUGUGUGUGUUAGAUUAGGGGUCAGUAUAAACUUUACAGAAUCGCUUUAAUAAUGCUUGAAAUACUUAACACAGCAUUUGGAUGCCAAUGUAGGAAGUGUCCACUACGAUCAAUGCAUUUUUUUAUUCACGUAUUACAAUGUUCCUCUGUUUGCUUGCUUGUUGUUUAACAUGCCCUCGCCCUCAUUGCCUUCAGUGCCCAACAACCAACAUCCAGAAAGGAAAAGAGGAGUCAUAGUAGAUUUUCCAUCUAUCAAUUUUUUGCAUAUGCAUAAAUAACUGAAUAUAAUAGGGUCAAAAAAAACAAAAAAAAAACAACAAAAAAAAACAACAACUUUUUAAAGGGGUUCUUCCCCACAUUCUGAAAUGCUGACCUAAAGCUCAUCUGCAAUAUGGUUUUGCACUGAACUUCCAGAACUGUCUGGUGCUUUUGCACUCCCAGAUGUUCAGUGGACAUAACUGAGGUGGUGCUAUGGCGUCAGAUAAAUGUCAGAUAAAUACCAUGUGUGAUCAAAUCAUACUAUGCGCAAGCACAACCACUAUUCGAGCAUGCACAGUCAGUACAUGCACGUAUGAAAAAAUGCACCCGUCAUCUAAUGUUUCUUAGCAUAAUCAUAGUGGGUGGAAACACAACCUAUUUUACUAUUUUUCCUGCCUAAAUUUUGUGAUCUAAAAUGUCUGAAAGGAAACCUGGCAUUUGAGGACCUAAUACAUUUUAAAAGGGACACACUCAACUAGGCUAACAAGCUAACUAGCCCUCUACCCAUUGGCUAAUCUGUUAGACCCAGGUAAAGCUAGCCACAUGCUAACAUGCUGGUCACGGCACAAAUGUAAAGCUAGUUGUUUUGUUACAUCCCUGUUCAGUCCUGUAAGAGAAAGUUCAUUUUACCUAACAAACUUCACUUGAACCAGUACAGUAACAGAACACCCAUUAAGACAUCUUCAUGAAUUCACACAAGAUGUCGUUGAGCGGUGAGGGCAUGUUAAAAACAGACUGUGAGUUUAGCUACGUUUUUCAGCGUAGUGACAGUUUUGUAUACUUACAUGCUUAAAUGCGUUUUUUUUCUUCUUCUUUUAAACCAUUAAAGCAGGCUUGUUACAUAUAUGUUUUAACACAAUGCCACUACUGGGUUUUUCAUGACGCAAACCAGAUGUUUGAAAAGGACGAGAGAGUUUGUGUCUCUGCGUGUGUCUGUACGGCUUUCUACCAUUAAAUAGAGUCUUUUGUGAGCAUUGAGGUUUGUUGAGUGUUGGCCUGCGUUGUUAUGUGGUGAAAGAAUAAGACCAAAAUCAAAUCUUAUCGUCACUCUGUACUUCUCCUCUGGUGUUUAUUGCUGUAUUGUACAGGUUUUUUUUCUGAAUGAUUGUCAGUAUAAAUCACUGGGUGUAAUAGAGUUAAAGAUAUUAGAAAUAAAUGAUCAGAGAUACUAUUUUAUACUGCAAUAUUUACUUUGAGCACAUGUUAUAACAUACAGAGGUGAGUAAAAAGAAUUUUAUCAGCAUAUAGCAUCAUUAUCCAAACAAUCUUUCUUGAAGUGUAUAUCAUGUUUUGCUCAGUAACUCAUGUUUGAGUGGUCAUAUACUGCUUUUUUUGUUUGUUUGGGUUUUUUCAUUUAUUUUUCUUUUGUUUGCUGUCUUUUUUGUUCUUUAUGAUUUUCCUUUUUUUUAAAUAGAUUGGGGGGUAAGUGUUUGGGUUUUUUUCAUUGUUUUAGAGUUAAUAGAGGUAUUAUAGAGAUGGCAUCACAUGUUCAACUUCUUUUGUAUUGUAGCACCAACACUGUACUUUUUACUGCUGAGCAAUAAAAAAGAAAAUGGUU